CUUUCCGCUCAUUCUUUCGUAAAUUUGUAAAAGUGUUCAGUAAAUUAUUACCAUUUUACAACAUUUAUAUCAUUUUUGUAAAAUAAGAGAAUAAGAUGAGCACAAAAGAAGAUGAGUUACAACCUCUUGGAGCUAAACACCGAUAUCACAAUCAAUUGGUCAAAGAAGCAAUCGAAAAUAACUACACAGAUGUAAAUACAGGAAACAACGAUGUGAAUAUAUUACUGCAAAUAGAUAUUGCAAGCCAAAACAGAAAUGUUGAUUACAUAUUGGAUAUUCUUAAAAGUGAUGACUUGCUCCACGUUUCCAGAGCAAUCAAAAAAGGCACAUGGUUAAUUACAGAUAACAAUUAUGCUAAUAUAAUCGAUCCUGAGUACUUAAAAUGUCAUUUGUUUCCAAACAUGUCUGCCAAAGCUCAAAAUAAAUUGCUGAAAAGCAUCAGAAACAACUUAAAAGACGAAAAAAGGGCUGAAAAGUUUUACAGCGUUGAAGAUAAUGUUGAAGCCGCUCUGAAAUGGCUACCAAGUUGUUCUAUACCUUUUAUAGAGAUUGAAGUUACUAAGCAUUAUAAAAAUAUUAAGAAACCUCGACUUUUUAAAAGACUUUGCGAGCGAUCGAUCAAUAUUUUAAACCUUUGCCCAAAAGGCGACCUAUCUAAGGAAAAGAUUGAUGCAGUGAAAUUUGUGCAGAAAAAAGAUGUCACCACAUUCUUAAAUGCUAUAGAGCAAAUGAAACCCUACGAAACACUAAAACUGAAUAAAAAGACAACCAAACUACUCAUGACGCAAUGCCCAAAUAACAUUAUUGAGAAUUUUCAUAAAUACCAGGCAUAUCUUGACAAAGAUACUUUUUCAAAAUAUUUGAAGCAAGAUAAUAUAAAAGAUUUCAUAUUUAAACAAGCAAGUAUGGCGCACAGCUUUGAGUCGUCUUUCGGUUUAAGAUUUGAAUGGCUACAGCAUUUCAUUCAACGUAUGCCACAAGAAGAACGUUUUGAUUUUGUCAACAAAGUGUUUAUUAAGCAAAUACACAAAUCCCAGGGAUCAAACUUUUUACCAGAUUCCGAAACAGCACAUGCGAAAAUCUUAUUCGAUCUUUUUCAUAAUAGAAAUUAUGAAUGGUAUAAGUUUGCUCCGUUUGAAAUUGCAUUCGACGAAUUCAGGCGCCGCCCGUCAUGUGCCGAAGAUAAAUACGACUUUCUUAAACUACUAAUUAAAUGCUGUGGUAGCAAUCAGUCACAUUUGCAGUUUAUCUUAAAAUAUUAUCGUGAUAAACACAUCAACGAUAGUUACGAUUCCAAAACAAAUUUUGUAGAUGAGAUACUUUCAGAAACUAACAUUUGCCAAUAUAAUGAUGAAACUUGGAGUAUUUUAGACGACUUGUUUAAAUCAAUGGGCGUUUAUUCUGAAUCUGAUGAUGACUCAAUUAAAUAUAUUGAGACGAUCAUUGUGCGUAAACUUAUUAAAAAUGAGCCUAUACCAGAACUAAUUGAAAGAAAGUUUGUCUACAAUAAUACUCUUGAAAAGUUUAGUAUUAAACUCAAACAGGAUGAGCAAUUCAGGAUUUUUAAUUUUAUAUUCAAUCACGUCUUUCAAAAGGCUGAUGAUUUCAAUAAAAUUGAAAAUGAGGAGCAAUUUAGCUUGAUAGCUGAGUUACUGAAAAACGUUCUGGAAAUAUUGAAGGCUUGGCGUAAAUCAAUGGAUGACUACCCGUUCGUGGUACAGAAAAUUAAAGAUCUGAUUAAAAUUAAAAUGGAACACUUGUGGGACUAUGAUCUUUCACCUUUGUAUAAUGUACACAAACCUUGGAAACGCCUAAUGUUUGAAGAAUCUCUAAUUUUAGAACCAUCUGAAAAAGUUUGCAUUAAUUCUCUCAAACAUGAUCCAAGGCUACUUGCACGAUAUGAAGAUAAAGUGGAUAAUUUGCUAAAUGACAGUAAAUUGUAUAUGAAGAAAUUUCUUAGCAAAAUCCGCAUUUACUGGCCGGAAUCAGUGGCUAAGAAAUAUGUAAAUAAACAUUUACUCCACCUAGAGCUGCCCACUAACCACAAUGUUGUGGUUCGCAAUCUUUGUACUCUAAUGCCCCAAACAGAUAUUUUGGAGAUGAUAAAUAAGUACGUCCCGAAAGAUGCUAAAAUUAAUUGGGACGAGGAAGACGGUUUGAUGCUAAGCAUCCGUAGACACAUUGCUAUAAACAUGCAUUUUGCGCGCCCUCACCCUCCAGCCAACGUGAUUCUUGAAUACGCAAAGGGUGACUACCUCCAGUAUGCUGUGCCGUCCGUCCUUGCCAUAUUCUACAACAUGAAGCCAUUACUUUUCCCACAACAAGUACAAAAACUGUUCAAUUCACCUGUAUCCCUUCAGAAACUUGGAAUACGUUUAGCAAUCACAAAACUGCACAAUGAAGAUUUAAUCAAAGAAUUUCAUAAUCUUUGGUCUAACACAAAAAAUAGUACCAUCCGCUCCGUCAUCUUUCAGUUAACGCUCAAACUUCUGUGUCGUCAAAAAGAUGAUCGUACAGUACAAGAACUGUGGAAUCUAUUAGAAAUGUUCAUUGACAAUCUAACAUACAAAGAGGACAAAGUUAUUUAUUCCCUGAUGUAUAAAACAGAAAGUAUACCUAUUUUAAUCAAACCAAAGUUCAUAGAAAGAAAUUAUAUAUUUUUCGAAUCAUAUCUUGCACAGCCCGAUACGAAUGUUGAUGAGUUUGAACGAUAUUUUAUGGAAGAAAGAUUGAUUCUAUACGCUGAAGAUGUAAUGGAAAAAAUUAACGAAGAUUUUAUCAUCAGAGUAUUGAAAAAGCUAAUCGAUCUUAAAUUCUUCUGUAAGUCGCCAGACGCAAAGCGACCGCGUCGUCAUUAUAUAAAUCCAUGUAAUGGGAUAAUAUCUUUAUUGUCUGUGUAUUUACUCAAAGCUAAAGAUGAACAAGAUCAAGAGCGUAAAUACAAAUCUACAUUAAUGCCUAUACUACAGCGUGCCCUAGGAAAACUAAAAGAAGAAUAUCAAUGGAAGGAGAAUAUAAAAGCGCUACUUGACUACCUGCGAAGUAAUCUUGAGAAGUUCGCACUUAAUAGUAAUGUGGUCUCCCCUUUAAAACUGUUUUCAGACAUCAAUGACGAACUACAAAGGUCCCUGAAGGUAUCAGAACACUACACCCUUUUGACUAAAUGGAAAUUGACCGUCGAGUACUUGAAAAAUUUGGAGCCAACUGUGUCUGAGGAUGACAACCAAACAGUUAAAAACACCUUGAACACAGACGGUUUGGCACGAAAAUGUCUUGAAAUGCUGAAGGAAGAUGUUGAAAAAUACUUUCCUCGUAUUUAUAUCAUAUUUCAUAAAGCUUUUUUCGAGACUUUGCAAGAACUUUGCAACAAUGAAGAGCAAAUUAAAAUUUAUAAGAAUAUGCUUACGGACAUAGACUUUGUCCCGGGUUAUUUAACCAUUAUUAAGAUCUCCCAUAACUUUGUUGAUUGUGAAAGAGACGGGCAAUGGGAUGAAAUACUGCAUCUCUUGCAAGAACAUCCAUCAACUGAAGUAAAAAUGCAUUUCAAUUUUUAUUUUAAACAAAUGAAAGAUUAUUAUUGUUAAUUUA